AACACCUCUGAUGCUACUCGCCACUCGCGUAAAUUCGUCCGACUUCUCAUAGCUGCGUUCUUCUCAGUGACAAUUAUACUAAUCAUUGUUUCCAUUGCCUUACUUUUAACACAAGAACCAGUGAAUCUUAGCGAAGAUGAAUCGCAGCUGCCGUUAUCCUCCGAUGACAACAGUAACCGAUCUGCCUCCCGACUGUCAUUUCGGCGUCGCCGUCCUGAAUACCGUAAAUUCACUUUCGAUGAUCUUUUCUCUGGAAAGGUCUUCCUCAAGGACACCUACACGACUGCUUGGACACGUGAUGGAGGUCUUAUUCGAACAAAAGACGAGUACUCCGAAACUCCUUCGGUAGCAACUAUCAUCCAGCCAGACACUUUCGAGGCUGUACCGUAUCUGUCGGAUUCUUCUUUUAUGAACACGAUGUCGUCAAAUAAUAAAUACGCCUAUACGUCAGAAACACUCAAACCUAUAUUCCGUUAUUCUAAUGAGGCGCUUUAUCAGAUCGUCCGACUAAAAAAUGGUACACGAUCAGGGGAGUCGUUUGCCGUCGGUCCAACCGGAGAUAAUACAGAGACGGUUCUUGUUUUCAAAUGGAAUCCGAAUCGGAAUAAGAACGACUUUGUAUUUGUACACGACUACAAUCUCUACUAUCAAGCGGAUCCAGAAAAACCAGGAAGUGCUCAGCAGCUUACGAAGGAUGGCCAUUACCUAUUGCGUUACGGUGUAGCGGAUUGGUUAUAUGAAGAAGAGAUCCUCUCGUCAGCAGAAGCAAUAUGGUGGUCUGAUUCAGGGAACUAUAUUUCGUAUUUGAGGUUUGAUGAUCGUUCUGUUAACCGAAUUUAUAUACCGAAAUAUUUGAGAGGCUCGCAGUAUCCACAAUACAUGGAAAUACCGUAUCCGAAAGCAGGUGUUGAGGAGAAUCCGCAGACUGUUCUUUAUAUAUGGCCAAUAAAGAGUGGAAAAGCUGUGGUUGCUGAACCUCCUGUACAGUUGAACGGAAUGAACCAGUCAUACUACGUCUUCUCAAAUCGAUGGAUUACGAUACCGAAAGGUUUGCAGAAUGAACUCGGUGAAGAACGACUGGUAACAGUUUGGUCGAACCGUGAACAGAACCUUCUCUACAUCACGCUAUGCAAUGAGUUUGACUGCUCUUUGACCUUCACGCAAUCAUUCACAAUUAAUGGGCGAAGUUUAUCGGCCGAGCCUACGGACUUCAAGUCAAUACUAGCCUCAGAAUUCGGAUUCUUUGUGAUUCUCCCCCAUGCAUACAGCGAUGAAAAUAUUUAUAAUCAUAUCGCACAUAUCAGUAUUAUGAAAAACGGUAGUGGACGGAUUACGGCUUGGCACGGUGGCGCCUACGAUGUGAAAGAGAUGAAAGCUUACGACAUAAACACCGACACCCUUACCUUCACCUCAUCUGGUCAAGGCAUCGGCACAAUGCGACUCUAUAGAUUGGCCCGAGCUACCUCAGCAAAUCAGUCAUCAAUAAUCGUGCUGUCUUCAUUGGUCCCCGACUGCGAUUACGGUUCGUACGAUGUAUCACCAAAUGGUAAACGAGCUGUUCUCGGUUGCCUACAGCCAUUCAAGAAUACUAAAUUGUACCUCAUGAAUGUAGACACGCCUAGUAAAAACAAGCUGCUAGAUGGUGCCGAAGAAGCACAUAUCCCAUUCGACCUUCCUGAACUUUCCUAUGAAGCCGUCACGCUACCAUCGGGUUAUGAAGUGCACAUUGGCUUGAUGAAACCACCGAAAUUCGAUCCGUCGCUAAAAUACCCAAUGCUUGUUGAUGUUUAUGGUGGUCCAAACAGCUGCCGAAUUCGUCGAUCCACGCCAAAUCCCAACAUGAUCCACUUCUGUUCGAGCCUAGAGGUUAUCGUGGCUUGGAUUGAUGGCCGUGGAUCUUCCAAUCGAGGCUGGACCAUGAAAGCUCCCGUUUACAAAGCACUCGGCCAGUUUGAAACAAUCGAUACGAUCGACGCCGUAAAAGAUACCAGCCUUAAACCAGACCUAUUUCAGUCCUAUGGAGGUUUUCUCAGCACUCAUGUCGCUAUACGUGAUCAGGGUAACACGUUUCAAUGUGCAAUUGCUGUAGCUCCAGUGGUUGAUUUCAUGCUUUAUGAUAGCGCCUAUACAGAGCGUUACUUGGGCAUACCGCUUGAGAAUCCAGGAGGAUAUAAUGCCAGUCAACUAUUAAACAAGGCCAGCCGACUGAAAGACGUUAAAUAUUUGUUGGCUCACGGAGAGGCUGACGAUAAUGUUCACUUCCAACAUAGUGCGCUUCUGGCGGAAGCUCUACAAGCCGAACUUGUUCAUUUCACACAAUUAGUAUACCCGAAUCAGGACCACAGCAUGGGCCCACGACAAGCCCAUCUCUUCAAAGAAAUCGGUCGUUUCCUCGAUAAGGAAUGCUUUAGCACCGACGACGGACCCUAA